AUACAGAUUUUACGUGACAGUCAAUGCUCACAACACGAUGACGAAUUUUCCAGCGUAGGAAGUGCUGUGAAUACCCGAGGUCUGGAUUAUAAAGUUUGCGUUGUGUUGUUUUUACUGGAUUUUUACAAACCUAUUAAUGGAAGGAAACUGCGCUCUGGGACACAAUGCAUACAUGAUAUAAACACAGCUAUUCAUGAUGGCGGACCCUGCCGAAGAGGACCCAUGGCACCUAUAAGGAGUCACAGCAGGAGCCACAGCAGGAGCCACAGCAGGAGCCACAGAGAGGGAGACGUUUCCUGACAACAUGAACAUGCUAACAGCAUUAUUCUUUGCUCUCUUGAAAAUAUGUUUUCUGCCUCUAACAUCAGGAACGGUUGUCAUGGAUUUCAAUCACAUAGAAAGAUGCAAGGACUCCCUGUACAUGGGGACUCCACCGCGGGGGAUCAUCGAGAGCAGACUGAAGAAGAUCUGCCAACGCUACGCAGACAAACCUCGUUUCGUGACCCUGUAUGACCCCCUGAAGAGGAUUCCUGUUUACUCGGCUUAUACCUUCAAGAAAACAGAAGGAGACAGGCGUGUUGACUACCCCUGGAUGUAUGAGCCACAGCUGGCAGAAAUCGAUGGAAAUGGAAACAUGCUGCCCUUCCCCACCGGAUACCUCCACAUGAAGUUUGAGGACAGCCAGGCAGUCCUGGAUGACUACUCUGAUGUGGUCCUGUACGAGAGAGGUCACCUGAACCCAGAUCAGCAUCAGUCCACUCCACACGACCGUGCAGCCACUUACACUCUGACCAAUGUGGUGCCAGAAAUAAGGGAGUUCAACAUCGGGCCCUGGCGCGAGUAUGAGGAGCGGAUCCGGGUCCGCCUCAACAACUUCUGCCGUGGCACGGCCUACAUCGUCACCGGAGUGACCACCAGAGGCAACAUGAUCCGUCGCAACAACCAGGACCGAGUGGCCAUCCCUGAAGACAUCUGGUCCGCGUACUGCUGCACCGAGUACGACCGUAACGCACCGCACGAUGUGCGCAUCCGCUUCCCGUCCUACGCAGCCAUGGCCAAGAACGCCAAAGAGGGCAACAGCGUGCAUGAGAUGUCGGUCCAGGAGCUUGAGAUCCUUCUGAAAAACAGCAUGGAUGUCGACCAGAACCUUCAGAUCUUCUACGACAACUGCAUCUCCCCAUCCCCCCUGCCUCUGUACCUCCAGCAUACCAUCUGAAAAGCUCUCCCUGUUUGACCUUCUGUGUGCGCAGUGGGUUCAUACUUCACUUUCAACUAGAUAUUUGUGCUUUUUCCCCUCCACCCACAUUAUAAAGUAAUGGUAAUCAGAUAUUACAAUUCUCUGUAGUGUUAAUUUAAAGUUCCCCUUGCAGCUUAAAACAGGGCUGGUUAUGGUUUAAAAAAAAGUUAAAUUAGAUUGUGUUGAUGAAUGCUUUCUCUCAUUUUUUCUCCUCUUACAGAAAAUAUAGAAACAUGACAUAUAUUUUACAGGAGAGAUACUUUGUUGGGAGGUUAU